UAUAUUUUUACGAUAAAAAUAACAUUAACGUUUUUGUAUUAUUUAUGGAAAUGCGUUCGUUAUUCGUUGUGUUGUUUUGCUCGGGCUACGUCACUUGCCAGCUUUGGAGGAAGGGUGUCGUGCAUUAUGCGAUUAAUAAAAAAGAUUAUGAUGUACAUUCUCAAGAUGAAAUCAUUACGACAUUAUCCCAGUUGCAAAAUGAAAUCUGUGUCAAAUUCUUCUACACUCCCAACAAUUAUACAGCAGACGAGAAAGACAAGAUACUUUUUAUAAAUAAUCCGGAUAAGAGAAAAAAUUGUCCGCCAAGUGUAUACAAUUUUACUGGUAGUGUUAUUGAUAUGCCAAUAGGUUAUAAAUGUAUAAAUAGAAAGGAUAUAGCUAGAAUCGUAAUGGAUAUGUUAAGAGCGAGCGUCGAACAAACAGUUUCGACAAUCAAUAGCUAUGAUUUGGUGAAGAAAUUCCAAGAACGUGAUGCAGACUCGACCCAUCCAACACUCCUCUCGCCACCAGAUCGGAACUAUAUAAAUGCACAUUACCACGUCGAGUGCGGAUCUCAAGCGCAACGCUCAGUCGCGUCUAGACGACUGGGGGAUACUACCGAUCCCUUGCAACUAACUCCUGAUAAUUUGGAGUUUUAUAAAGACAAGAUAUGGCCAUUGGCUAUAGUUAUGUACGGUGUUGAUGAGAAAUUACGUACAAAACCAGAUUAUACCCUUCUUAAAUACGCAAUGACCACAAUAGAACUGGCCAGUUGUGUUGUCUUUCAAGAGAUUGUCACCAGCGAUGGAGUGUUAACACCUAAAAAUUAUAUCUGGUUCACUAACGACGGGGAGGAAGUCCCGCAACUUGGGUUUAGAGAAGGAAAGCAGACUAUAAAUCUAGAAUCUAUGGUGCAUGGGGCUCCGGGCCAUACCGCACACGUGCUGGUGAACCUUAUGCGAGCUUUAGGGGUUCCCAUGAUGUCAAAUAGGUUCGAUAGAGACAAUUAUGUCACUAUAGAUUGGAGGAAAAUACAAAAAGGCAAAGAACAUCAUUUCGAGCGUGCCCCGGCGUCGGCUUGGGUCGCGACCCCAUACGACUUUGAAAGCGUGACGCACGCGCCCGCCAACUACAUGUGUGGUGACUGCGACCUCGGCGGGCAAAGUGUUAAGCCGCUACAGGAUCAUCUCUGGCAGAGAACAUUGUCUAUGGGUCACGCAACACAACCUUCCGACUCUGAUGGGAAACUUCUAGAUUUACUCUACAGAGACCAAUGUAGAGAGAGAAUGUCAGAUAAUUUGGAGGUUAUGAAGAAGACAGCUGACAAUUAAUUAUUUGGUAAAAUCAAUUUACUGGCAAAUAAAAUUAUAUUAAUUUUGUUUUUUUAAG